GCCGAUGGUGGUAACGUACGAGCGCCCAGCGCCGAGUUGCUUUCACAUUUCGCCCACUACUACCCGCCCCGGUGUAGCCCGACAACCCGAGUCGAGUCGAGUCGAGUCAGCUAACAGCUACCAACAUCAACUAGCCCAUUUGCCUUUGCGUUUGUUAAAUUUCCGAUUCCGAAAAAUUCCAACUCGAUUCGCCUUCGCCCGCCGCAGAACGCGUUGCUGGGCCAACAUUUUCAUAUCCGGCUCGACACCGCCCUUUGCACACCAUUCGGUCUUGGCAAUUUCUCAUUUUCUUUUUUGGUUUUGUUUUCUCGCCCGCGCUUUCCUUCUUCGUCGGUUACACAAAUACACAUAUACACUCACGCGCGCACAAAUUUUCCUCUUUUUUUUCUCCCUCACUCUCUCUCUGUCUCUCUCUCUCUCUUUCUUGUUUUAUCUAGCCUAUACCUACUCGAGAAAAACAAAAAACAAAAAUGAAAAUCGCAUUUUGCGCCACUGUACUGUACGUUUCGUGCAUGCUUUGAUUAUUCGGCAGCGGUGCUUAUGGUUUUUUGCUUUCAAAUUUUCAUCGAUUCGUUGGUUUUGCAAAAAGAAAAAAAAAGUCACGAGUCGCAAUGUGCUAAGUGCUUGGUGAAUGAUGUCGCGUUACGUUGAAAAAGCGUGUGAAAUUUUAGCAUACGAGUGAUACGUAUAACGAUAAUAUGCCCAGGUACUCGUGCUCGUAAUGGCCAUUCGUGCGACCGCGUAUGUCUGCCUGUGCGCUGGGUGCAGCAGUUACGAAGAAAUAUUUAGUUGUCGGCAAUAAGCCGUACGAGGCGCGAACAGCGGGCAACGGCAGUCAAACGGACAAGCAAAGAUGACAAAACCACGUAUUGAAGUCUACUCGUACGAGUAAUCGAAUAUCGCUAUCGCUGUCGCAAUUUCGCCUAUUGGAUCAGAUUAAUUGACGAUGGCUCGAAUGAUUCAGGAUACGUCACAUUACCGGCCGUCCUAUCUGGCUAAUAUUCUUCAUUCGUUUCCUCAUCUUAAUGUCAGUCUUCAUUUGGUCAACAACACAUUCGCUCCUGAAAGCGAGCUCUACCUAGAGUCUUUAGGCAUUUUAGGUUCAAUUCCCGCAGCGUGGCUCAUAUUAACUUUAUUCUUGCUGUUGAUUUAUUUAAUGACGAGAUGUUGCGACAGAAAGCCUCGGCCUAAGCACAGUAUUAUCGUUUUAAAGUGGACUCUGGGUAUAUUUGCUGUGUUGUGUUGCGGAGCGAUCGGUGUCAGUUUAUACGGAAAUGAUGAUUUACAUAACGGCUUGUCAGGAUUCGUUGUUUCUGCGCAAGCAAUCGACGAUAAAAUCAUGACCAUUAAAAAUCAGACCAGAAUGAUCAACGAUGCUUUGAAUAUUACCAUUGAAAGAAGCUCGGGUAAACUUAGAGACGUUUUCGACGAACCAGUUGAAAAUCAAACCGCACUCAGCGAAUUAUUCACCGCUCUUCGUCACUUUUCCGCUAAAAAGGACGAAUCGCUGAAAAAUUUGCGCGAUAUUAGUCGCGCUUUGCAAUACGUCAGCUUGCAGCAUACUAUAAAUUUAGUACAUUUGGCCGAAACUAUUAGGUGGCCGUUAACAAUGGGAGUGCUGUGUCUACUGUUAAUUUUCUGCAUCGUUUUACUUUUUGGAGUCGCCAGACAUUCUCGAUAUGCUUUAAUAAUGUUUUCGGUCGUGGGUUUGUUCGCUGUUAUUAUUUCGUGGCUAUUGGCGUCCAUUUAUCUGUCAAUAUCUGUGGCGGCUGGCGAUUUUUGCGUGAAUCCGGAUUUAUUUGUCGAACAUAAAGCACCUCCGACGCUGCAAACGGAUAUUUUAGUCUACUACAUUUCGUGCGAGAACUCUCUAACUAAUCCAUUCACGCUGUCGAUCAAACGAGGCACCGACGCGAUCGACGAAAUGCAAAAACAAUUGAUAACUAUUUCUCAAGUAUCCAAAAAUCUAUUCGCGCACAAAGUUCAUCCUCAUUUGGAGAUGCUGACCAAAGAAGUGUACGGUACAUCGGGCAUGAUAUCUACUCUAGCCACCGAAUUAGAAUGUAAAUUUUUCCACUCGAAAUACAUCGAAAUUUUACGUUCAUUGUGCCACGAUGGUUUGUUCGGAUUAAUGUUGAUGCUGUUAGCUAGUCUAGUUUCUGGAUUCUUCUUUACGAUUUUAGUGUGGCUCGAUUCGCAUACUUGGAUUUACAUUCGCAAAAAGCAAGAUUAUGCACGAGUAGACGAACAAGAUCCGUUUUUACCUCCGAGCGCAGCCUCUCAAGCGAUCGCAGCUAGAACACUUCGAAACCAAGGACGCGAUGUCAAUGUUAACGGAGCAGGAGGUACGGGAACGUUACGUCCAGCCGGUAUACAUCCAAUCGGCACCAUCAGUCAUCAGCGGCUCGGUAGCGACUCUGGCCAGUACGCGACUCUGAAUCGAAAAUUUCGAACGCUAGAUCAUCCGGCUAGACAAGGUAGACAUAUGGUGAGUUUCGAUACCGCGUCGCACACCUUGGGCCAUAGUCAUAAUAAGAAACAACAACUGCAACGAGGAGACGGCCCCGGACAGUACUCGACGCUGAGUAAGAAAUGCAAAACUUUGGAAUCGAACGACUUCUACUGAGAUCAAGCCUCUGCCACCUUGACAACGUUUUCUACCUUUUCAACGACCGUCGGUUAUCAGAUUACCGAGUUAUAAGAUGGAUAAACACGUAUUUAUUUUCCCCUUGGCCCCUUCUUCAUUUCGUUUAUUUGCUACGAUUUUUCGCGACUAGCCGCGAGCCGUCGCGUCGCGUUAAUUUAUUGUUUUCGACGUCCUUCGGGAAAAAUAAUCGAAUGAUAUGUAUUUCGAAUUCGAUUACCUACCGCAUACUCACUACCUACCUAUGAUAUGUUAUGUUAUACUAGUUUUUUUUUAGCUAUAGGUACAGGUGCCUCUCUACCUACCUAUGAAUAUUUUGUUUUACCGGGUAGUUUUAUCAUUUAUCUAGUCACAGUCGAGUAAUUGCAAGUUACGUUACCAGAUUAUUAUUCGGGCGGUAGUGUAUUUUAUUAUUUUAUCGCAGGUGUCGGACCAAUCUGCACUCAUCAAAUUUAUCGCGUUACGUCCGUUCUUAUCCGGUGCUUGUUUUUGUGAGAAAAAAAAUCUUCGAACGAAAUACUCGAGGGUUAUUUUACUUCGCGGCGAUCUUGUUUCAUCGCAUUUUACGUUUUUGUCUUUUUUCUUUUUCUGUUUUUUUUUACCUCGCACUUCUCCGCUUCUCCUACACGAUCUUCGUUCAGUUUAAAAUUCGGUACGUUAGGAGGAAAACAUUGCUCAGUUUGUCGUUUUGGAAAUGGACGGUUUCGUUUUUUUUAUUCUCUCGUAGAAGUCGUAGAAGUAUCGUUAUUCUGAGAAAAAAUUCGUUGUCCGUCAUUGGAUGUAGGGAGACGUUUUUUUCCCUAGUUAAUCUGAUUCGACGUCGACAAACGAAGCUAUAGUGAAUAGUGAAUUACAGCGUAAAACUGUAUCGCUGAUUUCCUUUCUGUAUGCUUCCGGUUACUCCACCUUCAAUUCCUUUUAAUCUGCUUCGCAUAUCGUUUGAAAUGAAUACCGCGGGUAAACUUCAUUCACGGGCCACGUUUCAUUUCGCGAUUGUACGCGAUUUUCAUCUUGAUCGUAAUUCGCUCGAGGUGUGUACACUGUACAGUGUACAGUGUACCGUGUACCGUGUGAAUCGUACGUUUUUGCAAUACUCGGGUGUAUUGCGUGCGUGCAUGAGUUGGCGUGGCGUCGGCGAGUACUUAUAGGUUUUUAGAGGUUCGUGGUCUUACCCCGUUCAAUUAGGUGUCUACUGUCUAUUUUUCGAUUUUUAUUUCGUUCGUACAAAUAGGAAAAGUUCGUUAUUCGAAACGAAUCGCGCUCAAAUUAAUUUUUAAGCUUUAUCGUGUUUUUCAUUUUCAUCGCCUACCUAGUAAUUAUAAUGUUAAUAUUACCUUCACCCUUACCCUGUAUUAUGCAUACCCGUUAGAAUGUAUUGUCCGAUUGUGUUCUGCGUACGUACCUACCUAUUACGUAUGGUCGUAUGCACGAAAACACAUUGACUGUAUGUAAGGUGCAUAAUUGCAUAUCGUAUAAGAUGAUGAAUAAUCAAAUCAACUCCCUACUUCGUGUGUAGGCAGGUUAAGUACUCGUAUGUGUUCAGCGUGCUUCGAAAUAUCGAGCACCUCGAAACGGAAUUUUUUAUUGCAAAUAGGUAUACUGUAGGUUGACGAUGAUAUGUGCGAUUCAUCGUAGCCAACUGAUAUUUUCAUAUAAAAUUCGCCUCAGGAGUGCUCGAUGUUUACGAACACACUGCCCAUUCGGAUAGCCGAGCAUCUACGCUCGUCUAUUCCGUUUUGAAAGAAAAAAAAAACUGCAUAAUAUGAUUUUCUAGUCGAAACUAUUGUUUUCAAUAAUGCUAUCAAAUAAUUAAGAAAUGAAUCGGGUAAAUUAUGGACCAUUUUAUGUCGUGCGUUGCGUGUACCGUAAGACUAUACUUACCUGUAGUGGCUGAUUAGUCCGCUGUCUUUGAGUACCUAUAUACUUGUAUGGUAAUGGUAUAUACGUAUAUUGGGUAUGUAUAGUGAGAAUUGGCCAUUUUUCAUUAGAAGGUGGCAGAGGCAUGUCUUUCCCUUAUCCCAAUACCUCCUUCAUUCUCCCCCCCCCCACCCCGCCCCCUUAUCGUUGUAAUAAAAUUAGUUCCUCGUAAGUAAGUUGUGAAUAAUCGUGCAUGCGUUACACGAAUUUGUGAAUUGUGUACAUAGUCCUAGAGAUACCCAUGUGGCAUAUUUUUUAUCAUUAUACAUAUUUUGCGCGUAGUGCGUCUGCGUCUGCGUACGCCGCAGUAUACGCCGCAGUAUACGCGCUUCAAGCUUCCGAUGAACGAGUAUCUUUCUUCUAAAAAGUAAAAAUUGCUCAUAUGAUAAUAUGCUUUUUCAGAGGACACGAUACGUUAUUGUACUCAUAUUUUUCUUUCCUCCGAUGUUGAACCCCUGUGAAAAUUAUUUCAACUAGAAAAAUUCCCCGUUAAGUACAUGAUCUCUGUUGACUGAUUUUCGCUACUUUUAAGCGUAUGUUAGUGCAUAAUAUCUCACUCGAGUGAGAAAAUGUCGAUUUUUUUCAUUUUUUAUUUUUUCUUAGAAAUAAUGCAUUCCUUUUUUUUUUACGAUCAAAUCAUGUAGAAAUAUUUAAAUAAUAUUAUACUUAUAAUAUUUUUUUUUAUAACUUCGUAGAUUUCGCGUUAGUAGUUUUUUUAAAUUUUUUUUUAUUUAUCUAUUUAUUGUAUGUUUACAUUUUUCAUUUGUUUACUUUUUUACUUUCAUCAAUAUUAUUCUUUUUUGUGUACCUUCGUUUAAAUUUUGAGCGAUUUCAAAAUAAUAAUGUAUUACAAAUUUAAGUACCUACAGUUUUUUAUUUUUGUUCAAUCUCGCUUCGUUUAGGUACUGAUAAGUCAAGUGCCUACGUAAGGUAGGUACCUAUGUAUGUGUGCCCUGUAAAUCCUAACUCAUUUACUUUGCAUUUUCUGGGUGCAUUGGUGCAAGCUGUGUGUACUGUGUCCUUUCCUACCUGUCAUACCAAGCCAUUUUAUUUACAACAUUGAUACAAAACAACACUACUCGUAAAAGAAUAGUCCAAAUGUACAACGAAUAGCUAAAUUUAUCAGCAGGCGCUAUAUAUGGAAUGAAUGUUACUUUUGUACGUAGCUAGGUACAGUUUAUCUUUACUCGGUUAGUGGAAGUGGCAUCUAAUAUGCGCAAUAUGGUAGUUCGCUCAUGUAAAAUAUGUGUUUUAACUGUUUAAAGUAUCUUGGUACUACUUACCAUCUCAUUGUACUUGUUUUACCUUGUGCAUAGGCCUACAUUGUGUAGUAUUCGCCAAAUUUAUUAAUUUUUCAGUUUGUUACACUAUUUUAUUUGAUUGAAUUUUUGAAUAAAUUACUUUUUAUAAAA